AUGUUCACGAGGAACAUGAGCGUCAACUCGAGCGUCGUCGACGGCUUCGACGAGCUCAUCACUUACCACGUCGUCAACACGACGCUCGGCGGCAUGAGCACCCUGGUCAACGCCUUGUUGCUGGGAAUAUUUCUGUCGCACAGGCCUUUCCGCACUCGAUACGUCGUGAGCCGAGCAGUCCAGAUUCCGAAGUUCCUUGAAAACGUUUCAGUUGUUGAUCCUACUAUGCUGUGGCGACCUCGUGAACAGCAUGGCUAUUGUGCUGACGGGCCUCAACCGCAUCAGACUCUACUCAACCGCCCUCGCCACACUCACACUGCCGAUCCGGACGUCGCUCGAGUGUGCUUCGGAGACUUGGCUCGUCCUCAAGCUCAUUGGUUCGUUUUGGGCAUACAGUCAAAUUUUCCCGACUUGAAAAGCGAGAGAGGCGGAGAAAGAGGCGGUACGCGUAACGUGCGCGUAUGCGGUUCAUGGCAAAAGUUCAAUUCAACCGACAAAAUCUGUUUGGAGAGCUCGUUCAUCAUUUGUGCAGUUAAAACAGUGGAAUAAAUACAAAAAGAGCGAGCCUGAGCUUUUCAAAUAGUCGGUGGUGCUUGAAUUGAACUCGUGCCAAGGACCGCGCACGCGCACGCUUCGCGUCCCGCCCACUUCUACGCCUCCCUCGCCUUUCAAGUCGGCGACGACUGACUAAAUUCCAUCUGAGUUUCUUAUUAUUCCAUGUACAUAACUGCUGUAAAAAUUUGGAAAGAUUUUUUUGAGGACACUACAGCAUCUGGUGUAAAUAGAAAAAAAUUUGGUGUUUUUUAAAAAUUGGAUUUCCUAAAUGAGCUUCUGGAGUUGUAAUUUCUGAUGGAUAAUUUGAUUUUGCUGGGAAAUUGCUUCUAAUGGAAGAGUUAGUUUUGAAAUAAAUUUGCGUAUCUCCUGCGUUAACUGAAGUGUCCAGGUGACAUUCUGAUUCCGGUGGCGACGUUUUGGAUGGGCGUCGAACGAUUCAUCGCCAUUCUUUUUCCGAUGUUCUACCGCUACAGUGUAGACGGAAAGGCGAUAAAGUUGAGAAGACCGAAAAACCCAAGUCUACGAGGAUUUCAGGUACAUGGUGAUACCCGGCAUCAGUUGCGCCUUCGUCCUCGCCUGCAUCGCCGUCGCCUUUUCCAUCGCUUACUCGGACAAUCACUACACGCAUUUCUACUGUGGACGGAAGGUACCUCGAGUAGUUUUUGGAGAGUGAAGAUUUUAUUCUUUUUAGGCAGCCUUCGGCGAAGGCUUCGGCACGUUCAUCUAUGCUUGCAACAUCACCUGCAACGUCGCGAGUACAGUGUUCUCUACGGCUGCUUAUGUCAAAGCUGUUCGGAUGUCCAAAACUCAGUAAGGAAAAGAGGUGCACCUCAGUGGAGAACUUCUGCUUGAGGCCAAGAAUGCAGCGACAAGUCAACGUCAUCCGCUACUACCUGCUCAUCUCCGUUCUUUCCACUCUGCUCGUGUCGUUGCCCAACGCUACAGCUCUUUUCCAGCUAUACGUACACAAAGUAUGUCUGUAGAAAUAUUUAUGAGAAGACGUCAUCAGCGAAAAAAAAGAAUUGAGAUCGAACCGCUUGAUUAUUAUAUGUAACUUAGGCCAGUAUUUUGUGAAAAAUGUUAUUUGACAAUUUGGGAAUUUUUAACCACAUCUUUUCAGCACAAAAACUGUAAGAUUUUUAAAUAAAAAAAGAUUUGAUUAGAAAGUGAGUCGUUUCAGGUUAGCGACUCGCUUUCGAAACCUGCUUACUGGAUGCAAACAAUCAACAGUGGCAUCCACUUCUUCGUGUACCUCGCACUGAACAAGGAGUUCCGUGCGAGGACGAUGCGGUUCUUCAAAAUAGUCAACUCCGAGGAGCUGUCUAUAUCCAGUGAGUUUAUGGUCUGACGCGGAUACUCAGGUGCAAUAGUUUGCUUUAAAAAUUCUUGGAGAACAAUGUUCCCACUUUCCAUCCAUAGUCUUUUGUAAUCUUUUCACCACGACUUGAAACAAUCUGCCCCUCCUGCGUCGUAUAUAUUCAUUUCAUAAAGGUCAAAAGAAGUUUCGCAGAGAGAAAAAACGAAGAGAAAAGGAAAUGUUUCGAGUUGGGGUAAAUGGAGUAUUUGAAUGAUGAGAGCUUCAACGAACUCUACCUGCAUGAAAAUGUGAAUCGCUAUGUUAUUUUCUGUGCCUCGACUAUCUUUAUAGAAAGAUAGUUCGAGACUUUAUUAAAGGCUUCCUGUAUCUAUUAUCAAAGGCAUAGGGGCAGUAAAAAACGGGGUUUCAGGUGAAAGCAGUAUCUUAUAUAGUUUUUCAUUGCGAAUCGAAUGAUGUACUCAAAAAAAUUACAGAUGUGACUAAUUUUGAAGAAAAACGCGAUUUUACUUUCCCGCCUUUAUUUUUGAAAAAAGCUUUGGAUCGGUAUGCAGACAACUGUUUACAGUAGCCGUGCACGCGAUGUUGCGGACGUCUCAUUAGACUCGCAUUUUGUGUGAAAUAACCGGCUAUCUGCUUCAAAUCAAGGGUUUAUUCUCUGAAAAAAACAUUUAGUCAAACAGAAAACACACACCGAUAAUAAAGAGAACACAAACAAUCGCUCUCCCAAACGAAACCUGUGUAAAAUCAUCUUUUUUCACCAGAAAAGCUUUUUUGCGCAUAAAGUUUGCAAAUUAUACAUGAAUAGAAAGCUUUUGUGACGAAAAGAACUUUGGUGAUUACAGAAAAAAUUGAAAAUUGAAAGAAACGAAGAAAAAAGCGAAAAUCCGGAAGGUAGUGGGGCCUGUUGUCCAUAGAGCAACUUUACUGCAAAACCGCCUUUUUGGCGGGAACUCAAACUUUCCUCCCUCCGACUUUGAAUAAUUUUUUCUUCAAAACUAGGACUUCUGUACGUUUCCAAGUUCACAAGUUCACUGUUCGAUUCGCAAUAAAAAGCUCUAUAAAUUACUGCUUUGAACUAAAACACCGUUUUUUACUGCCCCUAUGCCUUUAAGCGUCGUGGCGUUUCAUUCACCGUAGAAUGUUGUAGAGCCUCGGACCGACGGCUGCGAGACUCCUUUGCGAGGUUCUGCCAAAAUCUCCGCGCGAUGAAAAUCUCGCAGCUCGCAGACCAACUUCGAAAAAAUCUACGACCAGCCCUUUUUUCUCUUAUUUCUUAUUUUCAGCUCAUUGAAUCAAUCAUGAAGAGCAUGAGAAGAACUUUCUUAGUUGUGUUUUCCCAGCUGGAUAAUCUUUUCAUAUUCCUAUUCCCCCACGAGUACUUUUGCAUGUUGAUCUGGCUCCCUUGAGAAACUGUUCAGAAUGUGUUUCUGGACUUCGAUAUCUGGAUUUUUUAUGUUCGAACUAACUGUUGUUGUGCAACGGGUUAAAGUACAUAUUUUUUUCUAAGUUCAACUUUUUUUGUGUAAAUAAAACUUUGAAGCUCUUAUUUGUUAGUUUUUUUGCAAUUUUUUUUUUUUUUUCAAUAUAGCAGACAAAGAUAAAACUUUUAAAAAAAGCGUUUUUUUAAAACUUUAAUUGAGAAAAGAACUUUUUUUGAGUUCCAAGUUUUAUUUCUCACAGUUGCAGAAAAUAUCAAAAUCUUUCAUUUUCAUUAAAUUUUUGUGUUUGGCAUCUAUAAUCGAUAAAAAAAUUAAGUUGAUUUUUUUGUUGACCAAUGUUUGGAGAAGACCUUCAGUCUGAAGCUGAUUACAGAUCGGCCGAUGAUCAAGGCGGAUUCUUCGGCAAAAGUUUUGUUCGCCCCACGCUUGAGCGGCUCCUACAGCGAACCUGUGCAACUUUGA